AUGGAUACAUCCGAGCCUGCAGAAGCAGCUGAAGCCAAAGCUGCCGGCGAUGUCCCACCUUCCCAAGAUGACAAAGCGGAAAGUGACGCAGAGAAGUGGGAGGUUGUAGAUGAAGAGGAAAUUGCUAAGGCAAAAGAGGCUGAAGCUGCACAAGAAGCUGAGCAAGCGAAGACUGAGAAGGAGAAAGUGGCCGAUACUGCAGAAAAGAAGCAAAAAGCUGAGGAAUCUGAAGACGCUGCGGCAGCGAAAGGGGACGAGCCAGCAAAGGAAGAGCAGAAAAUUACUGAGGAAAAGAAGGAGAAAAAAGGCGUGACAAAAACAGCUGAAGAUAUGGACACGUCGACAGGAGAAAACGAAGCACCCAAGGAUACCACUGUUGAAUCUGCUACUCCCGCAACUCCAGGAAGAGGCAGAGGACGUGGUCGUGGUCGUGGCCGCGGUAGACCGGCUGGGGCGGCGACUGCUGCCACUCCUCGUACGCCACGUACGCCUCGGGUUACCGCUGGGGCUUCGGAAGAUGCGCCGUCAUCGAUAGCGUCAUCACGUCCUCGACGUUCUACCUCUACGCGCGUUGAUUAUGCUAAUCCAGACACUUCCACUGUUCUCGCCGAAGUGGACGACGAAAUUCCUGGGAAGUUAUUCCGCAGUGGACGUGGCCGUGGUGGACGAGGAAGAGGUAGAGGUCGAGGGAAAAAGGCUUCAGAUACUGACAGCGAUCAACCUGCUAGCGAUGACGACGACGUGGAAUUCGGUACAAAGAAGAAGCGUGGAGCAGCUCGAGGUCGUGGUCGUGGAAGGGGUCGCGGUCGUGGUAGGGGAGGGGCAACUGCUUCACACAAAGGCCACGACGACUCCGAGGAUGACGAUGAUAACGAAAUGGUUUUCGACGAUUCCAAAUCUGAUGCUGAGGGAGGAGGCAGUGGUGAUGAGGUAUGUACCUUAUUUUACUUUGGAUCCCUUCGUUUUUCAAAU